AUGGCCAUACCAUUUCAGUUGUUGAAGACUGUGGCUGAGAAAGAUGAUAAAUCUUGUGCGCUCAACCACUCCAAUGUGAUCAACUUAGGGUCUUCGCUUUCCCCCAGUGCAAACCAUACUUUGUGGCUCUCACCUUCUGGUCUUUUUGCAUUUGGUUUCUACCAACAAGGUGAUGGCUUUCUUAUUGGAAUAUGGUUGAUUCAUCAAACUGAAAAAACAAUAAUUUGGACAGCAAAUCGAGAUGACCUACCUGUCUCCUCAAACGCUUCUCUGGACUUAACUAGAGAUGGUAAGCUGCUGCUAAAAAUUGAGCAAGGCAUAGAAAAGUUAAUUCCUCAAAUGCUUGAUCCUGCUCCUAUAGUUUCAGCUGCUAUGCUUGAUUCUGGUAAUUUUGUUCUCUACGGCAAUGAUUUCUCUGUCAUUUGGGAGAGCUUUGAUUUUCCAACUGACACCAUACUAGGAGGUCAGAAUCUUUCUUCUAGAAACCUUGUUGGCUACCCUGUAAAUAGCUCGGCAAAAUCAGAUGAUGCUUAUUGGUCAUCUAACACUCCUAAUAGCGGUCUCAAUGUACAACUUAUUCUUAGUCAUAUAGGCAUUCUAUUCCUUAGUGGUGGUGAUUUGCGUGAACACAUUUUGGCAUAUAGCUCCUACCCUAGCAAGAAUAGGUCUGCUAUCCAUCGUGCAACACUUGAUGCAGAUGGGAUAUUUAGAUUGUAUUUACACCGCUUUGAGAGCAGUAAUGGCUCUGAUGUGUUACUGGAGUGGCCAGCAUUGUCUAACCUAUGUGAAGUCAAGGGUAUCUGUGGAUUCAAUAGUUACUGCUCAAGCAUGGGCAACAAAGAUGUCUGUGAAUGCUAUCCUGGAUUUCAUUUUAUUAACGCCAGUAAGAAGUUCCUAGGCUGUUACAAGAACUCAAGUGACAAUGAUUGCAGACGCAGUAAAUAUCCAUCAAUGUUGUACAGUAUUGUUCCUUUAGAGAAUAUGGGGUGGAGUGAUUAUCCUUACUCAGUGGUACAAAUGGAGAAGGAAGAUUGUUGCAAAUCUUGCUUGGAUGAUUGUAAUUGUGGGGCAGUAUUGUAUACAGGUGAUAAGUGUACCAAAUUUAAGCUUCCACUAAGAUAUGGCAGAGUAAGUGAUAAUUUUUCAUAUACUUCCUUCUUUAAGGUGGUAAGGGAUGAUCUCAGAAUACCAUUACCAGACCAUAAUCCCCCAUUAGCUCCAACGGUCUUGACUGAAAGCAAAAGAAGUCUGAUUUUGAUUCUUUCUAUAAGUUUAGGUUCCAUUUCAUGCUUUUGUUUCAUCUUUGCAAUCUAUAGUUUCUUCAGAUACAGGCGUCAACUUUUCAGGUAUAGAAGGCUGUUGGGAAAUGCAAAUUUUGGAUUAACUGAAGAGUUAACUCUCAGAUCAUUUUCUAAUAGCGAGCUUGAGAAAGCAACAGAUGACUUCAAGGAAGAGUUAGGUAGGGGUUCUUUUGGAGCUGUUUAUAAAGGGACUAUAUCUGAAGGUAACAAAGCUAUUGCUGUUAAAAGACUAGAGAAAGUUGUGGAAGAAGGGCAAAGGGAAUUUCGAGCUGAGAUGACUGCAAUUGCACGAACUCAUCAAAGAAACUUGAUUCGAUUACUUGGUUUUUGUAUUGAGGGCUCCAGGAAGCUUCUAGGUUACGAAUUCAUGAGUAAUGGCUCGUUAGCAGAUCUUCUCUUCAAGGCUGAGAUGCGCCCCAUUUGGAAAGAAAGAGUGAGAAUUGCCCUUGAUGUUGCCAAAGGGAUUCUCUAUCUGCAUGAAGAGUGUGAAGUUCGUAUCAUCCACUGCAAUAUAAAGCCUCAAAACAUACUCUUGGAUGAUACAUGGAGCGCAAAGAUAUCUGACUUUGGGUUGGCAAAAUUGUUAGUGCCAAAUCAAUCAAGAACCACUAUGGGAAUUGAAGCAAAAGCUGGGUACUUGGCACCUGAAUGGAAAAAGAAUGCCUUAGUAUCUGUUAAAGCAGACACAUACAGUUUUCAUAUUGUGCUUUUGGAGAUAGUUUGUUGUAGAAGCAGUAUAGAAAUAAAUGUUCCAAUGGCAGAUGAGAUAAUUCUUUCAACUUGGGUAUAUAAUUGCUAUAUGGCCAGAGAAUAG